CGACAGAGCGUUCUGCUUCCUGUGCGUUGCCACGGCAACACUUAACAACACUAACUACCUAGCUUAACCCAAACCUGGAGACGGCCAGGAGCAACAGUACACUAAAUCCUGUCAUAACUUCAAACUGUUUUUUUGGGAGGACGAAGAUAAUUAACGAGGGAAAAAUAAAUAUUCAAGAGUCAAUUUUCCAGCAGUGUAACAAUGAGUCAACGGCAGAUCAUUCAAGCUUUUGAGCAGUAUCAAAAAUCGAGGAUGCAGUUCGUGCAAACUGUUGCUGAUCUGGCAGCCAGGCCACAAAACAUAGAAAUCCUUCAAAAUGCGGGUGUGAUGUCCAUGCUGCGUCCCUUGAUGUUGGAUGUUGUUCCCAGCAUCCAGCAGACGGCAGCUCUGGCUCUUGGCCGCCUGGCAGACCACAGUGACGACCUGGCCGAGGCUGUGGUGAAGGAGGACAUCCUGCCCCAGCUGAUCCACUCUCUGGCCUCGCAGAAUAGGUUCUAUAAGAAGGCAGCAGCGUUUGUGCUUCGUGCAGUGGCCAAACACUCCCCUGAGCUGUCCCAGGCAGUGGUGGCUAGAGGGGGGGUGGACGCCCUGGUUCUCUGCCUGGAGGAGUUUGACCCCGGGGUGAAGGAGGCUGCCGCCUGGGCUCUGGGCUACAUCGCACGACACAAUGCACUGUUGUCACAGUCGGUGGUGGAUGCAGGCGCCGUCCCCCUGCUGGUGUUGUGUCUUCUGGAGCCUGAGAUGGCUCUCAAACGCAUCGCAGCCUCCACUCUCAGUGACAUCGCCAAACACACACCAGAGCUGGCCCAGACUGUGGUUGAAACCGGUGCCAUCGCACAUCUGGCACAGAUGAUCCUCAAUCCAGAUGCUAAACUCAAGAGGCAGGUGUUCUCGGCCCUCAGCCAGAUCAGCAAGCACUCAGUCAGCCUGGCAGAGAUGGUGAUAGAGGCUGAGAUCUUCCCCGCUGCAGUGGCGUGCCUCAGAGACCCGGAUGAGUACGUCAGGAAAAACGUCACCACCCUGAUGAGGGAGGUGGUCAAACACACACCAGAGCUGUCCCAAGUGAUUGUGAAUUGUGGCGGCAUGGCAGCAGUGAUCGACUAUCUGGGUGAUUGCCAUGGAAACCUGCGCCUGCCGGGGAUCAUGAUGCUGGGAUACGUGGCAGCUCACAGUGAGAGCCUUGCCAUGGCUGUUAUUCUCUCCAAGGGGGUGCCCCAGCUGGGCCUGUGUCUGUCAGAGGAGGCUGAGCAUCACAUCAAGGCGGCCACAGCCUGGUCCAUCGGCCAGAUAGGCCAUCACACGCCUGAGCACGCCAAGGCUGUGGCCACAGCCAACCUGCUUCCCAAGCUGCUGCAGCUCUACAUGGACGCCAGCAGCUCAGAGGACCUGCAGACCAAAAGUAAGAAGGCUCUGAAGAACAUCUUGCAGAAGUGUACCUACGUGCCUGCUCUGGAGCCCCUCCUCUACGACGCUCCCAGCAACAUCCUCAAACACGUUGUCUGUCAGUUCAGCAAGGUGCUGCCUCAUGACAGCAAGGCUCGCCGUCUGUUUGUGACCAGCGGGGGACUAAAGAAAGUGCAGGAGAUCAAGGCUGAGCCCGGCACCCCUCUGCAGGAGUACAUCAACUCUAUCAACAGCUGUUUCCCUGAAGAGAUAGUCAGGUACUACUCUCCUGGCUACUCAGACAUCUUGUUGGAGCGGUUGGAGAACUACCAGCCAGCCUGACACCAGCUCACACCACACACCCUGUUGCAAUAUUAAUAUGAAGAUGUAACGUAUAUAUAUAUGCUUUGACAGUAAAGUGUUUUUCAUCUUU